AUGUCACUCACGGCCGUGAAGUCUGAUGCCGCCGCGGGGAUCGGAGUGGUGGGCGUAGGCGCUGGAACUGUUGCACUAUCCGACUCCCGGGAGUGGGCUCCUCCGCCGCCGGGCAAGCGAUGUGCCACGGUGACUAUGCUCCUGGCCCAGAGGAUUGCACGCAACGCUUGCUGGUCAGUCGACGAGGAGCCCUCGUACAGUGCGAACAAGAUGAACGUCUGGCAAACGCUGGAGUAUCUCUCGGGGCUGAGUCUGCGGAAGAAGUACAACUACGAGGGCUUCUCGGACACGCACAAUGUGAUCAGGACACUCACCCCCUCCUGGCGGCGGGACAGUUUUGCCGAGAAGGCAAAGGCCGAGGAACUGGCCGGCGGUGCGGCUGCAUCGGCGGUCAAGAAGUAUCCCGAGGAACGCUCCUCGAGUGCUCCCCUAAUCGCUGUCGAGGAGCCGGGCAUUAGUACCAGCUUCCAGGGCAGUGAUAAUGGAGCCAUGUUCGUACGAUCUGGGGCGAAAAGCCCAUCCGGACUUCACAGGAAGCAUCGCAGCCGGAACCGGAAACGCAAUGCUCCGCAUCUGGAUCCCGAGUACGCCCUGUCGCCGGAGGACCUGCAGGACCUGGUCAAAUGCAAUUUCAAUUUGCCGCGCAUUAGCGCCCGCCUGGAGCGUCUGAUGGGCACCAAUGUGGUCAAGCUGACGGACCGCGCCUACAUGAAGGAGCUCAGGGAGCGGAUCGACGAGGAUUACCGCAAACAGCUGCUGUCCCGCAUUCGCGCCCGAGAGUUAAAGGAAGUGGAGCGCGAGCGAAUGCUGAUCAUUGAAGGCAAGUCGGAUGUGAUACCAGACGAGCUGGCUGACGAUCCCAUAUUUAUGGUCAACAAAGAUGCCAACAUGGAGAUCCAAAAGGAGCGCUCCAAGUUGAAGACCGCUCGGGAAAAGAAUGCGGAGCGCUUGAAGCAGCAGGGCGUGAAAUGGGAGCGGGAGCGGCUCCAACAUGCUGCCAAGGAAGCGGAAAUUCUGGCCAAGAAACGCGAGCGGCAGCGCCAGCAGAAAUUGUUGGUGGAACAGUACAGGACAGAGGACGCGGAAAGGGGAAUGGAUCUGCUGCGCAUCGACAACGAAGACUGGCGGGAGUGCGAAAAGAGCCUGAAGGAGUUCCUCGAACAGGAGCGUGCCAAAAUGAAGGAGCGUUCGCUGCGCAUCUCCCAGCCAUUCUCAUCGGAUCCCCAGGACAUACAGAAUAUAGUGAGGGCCAGGCAAAAGUUCCGCGAGACCGAGCUGCGUAUUCGCAACCAACUGGAGGACAAGCUGAAGGAUGUGAAAUUGGCGGUCACCACUCAACAACUGACGGAACUCAUCGAGGACGCCCAUCGGUCCAGUGGGGAAAUAGUGCGAGAGCCCUCGAUCGAGGACGACGAUUACCAGGAGGGCGAGCCACACUCCAAGUAUCUGGACGACGUAACCGACGUCUCCGAGGAAACGGUGAUAAGCGAGGACGCCAUCAGUCUCACCCUGGCCAAGCAGCAGUAUGCCGAGGAACUGGAGGCCGAGAUGGAGGACGAGUUCAAUCGGGGUCUGCUCAUCUCCAAGCAACAGUACGACCAGCUGCGCUUCGAGGAUGAGAAGAUCGUGGCGCUCAGGAAUGCCAAGGACAUUCGCGAGCUGUAUCAACUGGCUGAGGAGAUCAUCAUGGGCGAAGUCUUCGAGGAGGCGCCAGAGGAGUGCGAGGAGGAGGCGGUUGAAGAGGAGCAUGAACUCGAAAUUACCUCGGACCACGAGGCCCCCGAUCCAGCCAAAGCAUAGAAACCGAAUCAUGGACCAAUUUCAACGUUCUGUGGGCAGCGGUAGACCGUUUCUCCUGCUGCCUCACUUUUCGCGAGUUUUACAAAGUUUGGCCAAAUAUUUGGUUUCCCCGCUGGAAAUCCAAAAUAUUUCACCAAAUUGUGCAAAAAUCAGUCAGGAUGGGGGGGCCAUAGUUUGUUAAUCAUCGAAUGAGGAAAAGCGGAAGCGAAAAACGUCAGCGCCACUGUCACUCAAUCUCAGCGCUU